CUUCGUGGUUUUCAAUUUUCUUUCGAAACAAACACAACAUUGGAAAAAAAAAAUUACGAAAGAGAAAGUGGUACCCUACGUCUCCCUCACGUUUUCUUCGUUUCCACCCAAUCGAAAAGCUUUAAUAACAUCUUUUUCCAGAUUCAUUUGGCCCCACGAUUCAGAUCUCCAGAUCUCUGGUUUUGUGCCAUUUUUGGUGCUUCAAAUCAAAGAACUAGUACAUUUUCUGAUUCUGAUUCAUGGCCGGUCGUUUCGAUUCUAAUCCUUUCGACGAGGAGGAAGUGAAUCCAUUUUCAGACCAAGCUGGUCGAGGGAAAGGUUCAGGACAAUCAAACUAUGGUGGAGGUGCAUUUUAUAUGACAAAUCCUGGAAGUGUUCCCCCUGCUACAAACUCAAGGCUUUCACCGCUUCCUCCUGAACCUGCUGACUAUGAUCGUGGUGCCACUGUUGAUAUCCCUCUUGAUAGUGCAAAGGAUUUGAAAAAGAAGGAGAAGGAACUCCAAGCUAAAGAGGCUGAAUUGAGGAAGAGGGAGCAGGAAUUGAAAAGGAGGGAGGAUGCUGCGGCACGAGCUGGAGUCAUUAUAGAGGACAAAAAUUGGCCACCAUUCUUUCCAAUCAUUCAUCAUGAUAUUACAAAUGAAAUUCCAAUCCAUUUACAGAAGGUGCAGUAUGUUGCAUUCACGACGUUGUUGGGCCUGGUAGUGUGCCUUCUAUGGAAUAUUAUAGCAGUUACCCUGGCCUGGAUCAAAGGAGAAGGUCCAACAAUUUGGUUUCUUGCUAUCAUCUACUUCAUAUCAGGGGUUCCAGGGGCCUAUGUAUUGUGGUAUCGUCCACUCUAUCGUGCUAUGAGGACUGAUAGUGCUUUGAAGUUUGGGUGGUUUUUCUUGUCUUACGCGUUGCACAUUGCCUUCUGUGUCUUUGCUGCAGUUGCCCCUCCAAUUAUUUUUAAGGGGAAAUCUCUCACGGGAAUCUUGCCAGCAAUAGAUGUUCUGGGUAAUCAUGUUUUGGUUGGGAUUUUCUACUUUAUUGGAUUUGGAUUUUUUUGCCUGGAGUCAGUGAUAAGCAUCUGGGUUAUCCAGCAAGUUUACAUGUACUUCCGAGGCAGUGGCAAAGCUGCAGAGGUGAAGCGUGAUGCUGCAAGACGAACAGUGAUGGCAGCGUUAUGAUUUGUGGCACCCAAACGACAAUUGCAGACAGACAGAUUCUUUGGUUGGAUAAUGCUCUGAGAAAUUGAAAUCAAUCACUAUUCUUACAAAUUUUCAGUGCCUAGUCUGGUAUAAAGUUCAUUCAUGUGAUUUCUUAAAUAUGUAUCAAAAAGGCAGAUCCCUGGCAAACAAAUUUGUUUAGGACAAUGGUAGUUUUGCUAAUCAUAGUCACCGGCUACUUUGAGGCCAAUCUUUGAAACAUUAUUGUUUUUAAGAUUUUAUUUUGAAAGGCUAUAUUUUGUUCAAUCUUUUUACUUGUGAAUUAUUGUUUAAAAGCAUUUUAACCUUUUGAGUGGCAA